UCACGUGAUUUUUGUAUUAAAAGUUUUGUAAUUUUUUAAAUAAAAACGGAAAAAGUGUUAAAAUUGAAGAAAUAAAAUGGCAAAUUUAACAAUUACUUAUAUACUAUGGUUUUUCGGUGGAAUAUUUGGCUUACAUCAUCUAUACCUAAACCGGCCACAACAUUGUUUUAUAUGGCUAGUUACAUGGGGUGGAAUGGUGAUCGGAUGGUUAACCGAGGCAACAAGAUUGAAGGAGUACGUUGAUGAGGCCAACGAGGGGAAAUUUUACAAGGAACGUAUGAAAGUUGUGAGAACGCAUAAUCCGAAGCCGAGCUUCAAUCUGGUUGUUCUAGGAAGUCAGCUUAUGAUAGGUCACCAGCUUGGUGGGCUUAUGAUAAAUUCUGUACCGGAGUAUUACACGGUAGAGGCAUGGUACGGUCCUUAUCUCUCACACAUUUUAGCGGCAAUAGGGGCUUCUGUGGGCGUACAUCUUGCUUCAAACAUAGGGCCACAAGAAGCACCAUUAUUGCAGCCACUUGUAGCCGCAGUUGCAACAUUUCCAACUGCUUUCUUUCUGUAUAACCGACGAACGCUCUAUACCAUGCUCUGCGUUAUCGUAGCGUCGUAUGUAAGUUCCGAGUAUUCCCGAUGGGUUACGAAGUCAAAACCGAGGACGCUGAUUGGCUAUUUGAAAACAGGUGCUUGUGUUGGAUUGGGUCUCCUGCUAUAUCUUAGUUUAUGGACGUCCAACAUGUACCACAACGUGACGGUGAAUACAUUGAAUGGGACAAGAAUACAUUUACGUGAAGCUGUGUACAAUUUUGCUCGAACUCAGCCGUGGGACGAGGCACGCGAAGUAGCACAGGAUCUUCUGCCAUGUUUGAAGGUAUACAGUAUGGAUGUGUGCCAAUACCAGAUGCUGAGCAGGUUGGCGGAAAUAUCCGAUCCCCAGAGAGAUUCCUGGGCGUUUGAAGUCCUUGGAUUUGAAAAGUAUCCUUCACAGAAAGAGGUAAACUCGCAUUGUCGUAAAAUAUCAAGUAAAUGGCACCCAGACCGCUUUACGAGAGCAAACGAAACCGAAAAAGAGGCAGCCGAAAAGAAGUUCAUUGAUAUACAGAAAGCAUGCGGUAUGCUGAGUAAAUUGAAAAGCAGACGAGAACGGAAAAACACGUGGUCUGAUUCUGACCAAUCAGAAACUAUAAUUGUUACAGAAACUAGUGACGUCGACACAGACAAUGAUGACAUAAACACAGAAGACAAUGUCGAUGAUAGUCAAGAUUAUUACAAUGGGGAUAGUGAACAGAGAGAAUAUGAAGAUUAUGAUGACGUAGAUAGUAAUGUAAUUGACACAAGUAAAGAUGGUAAAGAUUACAAUAAUAAUGAUGAAGAUGAUGUCCAAAAUGAAUCAGCAUGUGAUCGUGAUGAUUGCGGGGAAUUGUAGAGCAAAUAAAACAUCUAGUCCAAAGAUUUGCACCUAUUGAACUAUAGAAUUGUACUUAACAGUUAUUUAUUAUAUUUAUUAUACAUUUUAUGUUUUAACUGAAUAAAACGAUAUGUAAAUAA